GUGUGUGUGUGUUGUGUGUUAACUACUUGGACUAAGUGUACCUGUAGUAAACUCAACAAACGUCUGAUCUUAUUUAGCAGAGGUAAAAAAAAAUAAAAUAAAAUAAAUAAAUAAUAAAUAAAAAUAAAAAGUAUUUAAAGAAUCAAGACUUGGAGAAUUUGAAUAAUUAGCAAUUACGUAAUUAAAUUAAUAGAUCAAGUAAGUUAAGAUGAUUAAUUACUUGUUAUUUUUUGUGAUAUCAGCAUUAGUUUUAUCAUUUGAAUUGAGCCACGUAACCGGUACUAAAGUAACACGUAUACGGGGCAUUCCAUUAUCGAAAAAUUCGCUUUAUGAUCCGAAAAAAGACUUUAGUUGUUUAGAUGGCAGCCGUAUUAUAACAUUUGACAAAGUCAAUGACGACUAUUGUGACUGUGGUGAUGGGAGUGAUGAACCCGGUACCGCUGCUUGCUCAAAUGGCUUCUUUUUCUGUGAGAACUCUGGUCAUAAGUCACGAUACAUACCGUCGAGUCUUGUCAAUGAUGGAAUUUGUGAUUGCUGUGAUGCUAGUGACGAGUACGCAUCCUCGGCAUCCUGUGUUGACAAUUGUAAAGAGCUUGGUCGGGAGGCGAGAGCUGAAGCUGAAAAAGCUGCUGAGCUGGUGAGAGAGGGCAGCAAAAUCAGGCUGCAGUUGGCUGAGGAAGGACGAAAAUUGAAGAAUGAAAUUGCUGAGAAAUUGACUAAACUCAAAAAUGACUUCUUGGAGGCUGAGCUGAUUAAGAAAGAAAAGGAGAUUAUCAAGAAUCAGGCUGUUGAUAGAGAAAAUGCUGCUUUGGAAAAAUACAAACCGGCUGAAUCUGAGGCUACGGAUCAGAAUGAGCAGAGUGGUGAAGCUCAACUUCGAGAAGCUGAUGAGUACUUUAAGAUGCUUGAUUCUGAUGAGAGCCGCAGUGUUACUUUGAGUGAGUUGCAAACGAGAAUUAUUUUUGAUCGGGAUCACAAUGGUGCUGUCACUGAGGAAGAAGCCAUGUACUUUUUGGGGCAGGAUGAAGUUAAUUUUGAUGAGUUUCUUGAAAAAUCAUGGCAUAACAUCAAGCCGGUACUCAUGAAAGAACAAGGAUUAUUUAGAGGCCCAGAUGACCAGGAGAAACGUCAAGUCCACGAGGAGCAUGAGCUUGAACACGAGGACGAACAUGAUACUGAGGAAGAUGAGGAUGAAGAAGACCAAGAACAAGAUGUUGAAGGAGCUGCUGAAGAUGCUGAAGGGCACGCUGAAGAGAUUGAAAGAGAAGGUGAAGUAGAGCAGCCACCAGAGCAACCACAGGUUCAGUACGACGAAGAGACUCAGGCGUUAAUUGAUGAGGCGACCGCUGCAAGGACUCAGUACCAGCAAGCAGAGAAGGCUGCGCUUGAUCUACAAAACGAAAUAAGAUCACUGGAGGCUAAAAUCGACCGAGAUUACGGACCCGAAGAAGUCUUUGCUGCGCUAGAUGGUGAGUGCUACCAGUACACGGACCUGGAGUACGUGUACACGAUGUGCAUGUUCGGACGAGCCACUCAAAGUGCCAAAUCUGGAGGCAGCGAAGUCAGUCUAGGUCACUGGCAAGACUGGGCUGGUCCCGAUUACAGUAAAUACUCAAAGGCCAAAUUCGACAGAGGUCUCACCUGCUGGAAUGGACCAGCCAGGUCAACAAUGCUCGAGUUACGUUGUGGUAAAGAAAACAAACUUGUGUCAGUAUCCGAACCAAGUCGGUGUGAGUACGCCAUGAUAUUUACGACACCGGCGCUUUGUAAUCCUGAUGCUGAUAACUCUAGUGUACAUGAUGAAUUGUAAAAAUAUAAAUAAUGAUAAUGAUAAUAACAACCAAUAACUGAUAAGAUGAAAUCGAUUAAUGAUAACGUUUUAUAGGAUUUUAAAUAAAUUUAUGUGGACACUAUUCACUGAUUUUUUUACGCGUUCACAAUAAUAUUUAUCAUUGCCAAGAUAAAUAUCAACUGUUUAAAUAUUUUGAAGGUUUAUUAUUAAUAUUAGUUUUUUUUUUUUUACUUUACCAUAUUUUCUAAACCAUAAAUACUUAGUACUGACGCCCGUAAUGAUUAGAUAAUUUUUUAGCAAGUGCCUAGUCAACAAUAAAAGCAUUUACUUGUGAACGCAAUAAUGAGAGAGGAUUUAAGUAAAUUGUGAAAUCGAUAAUUAAUUUUAAAAUUAAAAUGAGUAAACGGUUCAGCGAUCAUUUUUUAAAAUGAAAGGCAAUAAAAUUUUAAAUACGAUAAUUAUACAUGUUAAUUAAUUUAAAAAAAAGAAAUGAAUUGAAAUUGAAAUUGAAACUAAAGAUACGGCACAAUUUUUUCACUUGAAAAAAUAAAUCUAGUAGUAAAUAGUUAUUGUCGUAUAAAAAUAAAUGGAUCACUGUUACAUUCCUGUUUUUUACACCGGAUAACUUGUAGAUUUAUCAGAAUAAAGCAAAAGAGUAAUCACGUAAUUAAUAAAUAGUAAUAAAUUUAUAAAAGUAAGUAAUAAGUACGGGUCCUGUGAUAAAUGCACUUAUUUUAUUUUUGUUGUAAAAAAAUAUUGUGCAGACGGUGAUCCAGUUUUUUUUGAAAAAAUAAAUAAAUGAAUAAAAGAAAAACUCACUUGUGACAGUUUUUUCUUAUUGAGGGAAUUUUAGACGAUACCCCACUUUUUAAAUUUAUCUGAUGACGAACUGUAAUAACCGUAAUUAAAAUUCUAUUAAUUAAUUAUUUAAGAAAAAAAAUUAGGGCAUUAGUGGAAAAAAAGACAAUGAGUAUAAUUUCAUCAGGAUGUGGAUUUUAAAAAAUUACUAACGGUUUUAAAUUUUCUGUUUGAUGAGAUUUUUUGUUAAUGAAAGUAGUAGACAUUUGAUUUUCUUUUUUUAAAUAAGCGAAUAAAAUACUUGGAAAAAAUUCAUAUCAAGAAGUUUUAAAAAUCUUUUUGUGCAGAUUUAAAAAAAAAAAUUAAUUGUAAUUUUAUAGUUGAAAGUAAUUUGGUAGUAAAAACAUUAAAAUUAAAUGAGUGUGAAUGUAACUGACAAUUGUAAAUUUAAAAAUUUAUUUAAUAAAUAAAUAAAAUGGAAGUAGAAUGGAAAUUUAAAAAUACAUAGAUAAAAGAAAAAUUAGUGCGCGUUUUUUAAAUUUUAUUAUUAUAAUUAAUUAAUUGUCUCCACUACAUUCACAUAAAAUUAAUGAGUGUGAAUGUGGCUGAUAACUGACAGUUUUUUAAAUCUUUGAAUGCAAGUAAAAUGAAAAUUCAAAAAUGCGUAUUUAGAUAAUUUAAAAAUCAGUACGCGCAUUUUUUUAAAUUCAUAAACUAUUACAUAUUUCAAUGAUCAAACAUUGGCUACUUUAUCACAAUUUAAAAAAAAAAACCAGUGAAAUCUUAAUGUCAAGAUUACAAUUCAAAAUUUCAAAUUUUUUAGGUUAAAAUAUAUUUGAAACUUUAAUUAACCAGAUAGAUAAUUUAAAAUACUGUAAGUAAAUUUCUCUUUAAUCAAUAUCUUGACGAACUUAUCACUACAUUGUCUUUUAAUUUGUAAAAAAACGAAUUACAUAUUCAAAAAGUAGAGGGUACUGUCUAAGAUUGACCUUAAAAUGUGUGUAUGUAAAUUAAAACUAAAACGUGAAUCUGUUGAUUAAUUAAUGAAUUAAGUUAAGUAUUUUGUAACUUUUUAAAAGCAUCAGUGUGGUGGGCACGUUUUCAGAUUCAAAUAAAUUAAGUAAAUAAAAACAAUAAUUAAUUGAAUAAAGAUAUUUGUCAAAUUGA